AUGCUAACUUGCGGUAAUGGCAGCAUCUCCAGGCGCUUUGCCAUUGCUGGCAAGAGCUUUUUCCCUUCUGGCUCUGGCCCUUGCCGCCACGUGGCCAUGGAGGCGUUUCAGGGCUCGCUCUCUAUCUCUGUGCACAAGGGCCUGAAAAUUCAGGGGGCCCUUUGCAUUGAACGCCCACCUUUGCAUAUCGUCGAGCCCGCGUACAACCAGAAAUGGCGAGCUUUCAAGGAGGCUUGGGAGCUGCGAACGAAGAACUGCCUCUCCUUGGAGGAUGAGCUUGUCUUCAUGCGGUUCCACUUCCAUUUCUUUCAGGACGUGGCUGCCACGCAGGCCUUGGCUGCUGGUGCAGCUCCGCAGCUGAGCGUUGGAUCAGCGAGCGGCGGUGGCCGGAAGCGCCGAGGUUCCGGUACCUCCAGGGUGUCUUCUGGUGCGGUGAGCACAGAAAGCCUGGUGGCAGCCAUGGUUCCAAAAGCAACAAAGACAGGUUUGGAGUCGCUUCUCGGAGAGGAGGGCGUGGAUUUGACUUUCCCAGAGCUCGGGCGCAAGACAUCGCAACGAAGAAAGGUGGAGCGCAAGAAGGUGGAGACGGUCGAUGACAUGGAUGUCAAGUCACAAAGGCGGCUGGUUGACAAGUCGCUGUUCCUGUUGGUUCGAUAUGGCGCUGCCAGCAAAUGGACCUUCCCGAAGGCAGAUCGGCUGCAUGGGCAGUCCAUGCGGGAAACUCUGCUAGCGCUCGCAGAGCACCAGCUGGGUCACGACUUCACACCGUACUUGGUGGGAGCGUGCCCCUUCACGUACCGGAAGCGCAAGAGUGCGCAGCAUCCAGGAAUCCAGGGUCGGAAAAUCUUCUACUACCGAGCUCGCCUCGUGCCGGGUUCAGAGCUCGUCCUGCCCGGACAAACGCCGGUAAAAGACUGGGCGUGGUAUUCCCGAAAGGAGCUAGAAGAGCACUUGGAUGAAGGUGAGUGGACUCCACCAGCGAUCACCGGGGACGACUGCCCGGAGUGUAUCUUGGUCAACGUCCCUGGUCGUAGAGUGCAGGAAGCUUUCAAAGUCAAGAGGAAAACUCUGGGGAAAGGCGGUUUCAGUACUGUCAAGCGGUUGAUCAACAGGAGAACAGGAGCAGUCUGUGUCAUGAAAGAAAUCAAAAAAAACGCAAUAGCUGAUAUCCAGCUCCUUCAAGAGGAGGUGAAGCUGCAGGCUUCCAUGGACCAUCCCCACAUUGCACGUCUCUUUGAAACGUUUGAGGAUUCGCAACAUAUUGACAUCGUAAUGGAACUCUGCGAAGGAGGAGAUGUUCUGCACCUGAUCGAAAAAUCAGGUUGUUUGCCAGAGAGUCAGGCAGGAGAUGUGUUUCGACAACUAAUGUGUGCACUGAGCUACAUGCACCAACGAUGCCAUGUGGCCCACCGAGAUAUCAAACCAGAGAACCUUGUCUUAAAGGAACGCGAGACUGCUGGAGAAAGGGUGACGAUCAAGCUCAUCGACUUCGGAUUUGCCAGGAAGUUGGAGGAUGGCGGCCGGCUGAAGACCAUUUGCGGCACGCCUUUGUACGUUGCCCCCGAGGUGUUCAGUGGCAGUUAUUCCGAGAAGUGUGACAUUUGGAGCAGCGGCGUUACUCUGCAUUACAUGCUUCUCGGACGACCCCCCUUCGAUGGAGAAGAUGUUGAUGUGAUUUUGCGGAACGCUCGGAAAGGUUUACAGCUAUCAGACACGACGACUACUGAACUUGGCAACUCAGUACCACCCGGUGCUAUCCAGCUCAUUAGACGCAUGUGUGAGGUUUCGGACGGCUUGCGUCCGUCGGCUCACGAGAUUCUGUUGCAAAGUUGGUGGCUUCGGGGCGAGCAGGUCGGCACGGAGUUUCGCAGCGAGGCCACUGAAACAUCAGAUGAAAUCGCAACCAAUCUACGAAAGUACAGUGUCAUGAAUCCACUUAAGAAGGCUGCCUUGAAUACCAUCGUCCAUGUCAUUGAUGACUCUGACUUGCAGCGUCCACGCGAAACCUUCGAGAGCUUGGACACGAGAUGUGAGGGAAGCAUUCCUUUGGACACGUUGCGAAAAGCGAUUUCAGAAUCUGCCCUUGGCAAAGAUGCGGACAGGAUCUGCAGUAGCUUAGAUACCAGUGGUUUUCAAGAGAUGGACUACAGCAACUGGUUGUCCGCAAACGUCAAGCCUCAACAGUAUCUGAAGCAGGGGUACAUAUGGGAGGCUUUCCGCAUACUGGACAAGGACAGCAGUGGCAAACUUUCUGCACCUGAGCUACAACAAGUGUUGGCACGAGCUUCUCCACACCUUGAUGAGACUGAAUGUGAACAUCUCCUCGCUCAGUUUGAUAAGAAUGGGGACGGCGAGAUGGACUUCGAAGAGUUUCAAGACAUGCUGCGUGCGUCUUCCUCGCAAGAUGACUCCAAAGUGGCAAUGGGCAGCCUUAUGCUCAUGGUCUUCUGGUCAAGAACGCUUCAGAGCUGGCACGGAAUUGCACACAAGGUGCUUCGGAGCACGCUCAUGUCCCAUGGACGAUUGUACAGUUGCAGGUUGAAGGCAAGCAUGUUUCUGCCAGCAAGUCAGAAUAAGGUUGCACUGCAGAUGCUAGGUCCUUUCGCCUCCGACUUCUGCAAAGGCAUGUGGUGCGUGAUUCCCUGCGCGCUAUGGCUGCAGAAGCAUUGGCUGAUGACGUACCAGGGAUUUUAUGUAGGUGAAUUUUUCUCCCGCUCUCCGAUGGCAGACGACGAGGACGAGUUCAUCUUCGAUGUUGGCCUGUUGCCGCUCCGCUUCAGGCUGGUAUUCCAGCUGUUGCCGGGUUUGCCGGUCUUUUCUCCCGUUCGAAGCUCGGCUGCCUCUCGGGACCGUCGCCGGCUUUCUUCCUCUACCUCGCGCAGCCGGCUCAGCUUUCUGACCGCUGCCGAUUUUGAGUUCUUUGAAGGACUGCUCUGCUCCUUUGCGCCGCACUUGCUUCCUGUUUUCGCCGCUUGCUUGAGCCGUUCUCUUUCUCGUCUUUUCCUCUGUGGUCAUGACGGCAUCCCGUCCGGCCCCGGCCUCUACUUCGGGUGUUUCUUCCCACUCCGCCGGCAGGCCGCGCUGCCGCUCCUUCCCCUGCAAGAACACAUGGGCCGCGUCCGGUUCCGACCUCUAUCGCGGACGGCCCUUCUGACCAGGAGGACGGCCGAGCCCGAGCCUGCACCCUUUCUGUCUCCUGAACAGGAAGCAGAACUGACUGCGGAGCUGGCUGCUCCAAACGCUCCGGCGCCGUCACCGCCUUCUGCUCGCGCGGAGGCUGGCGCAUCCGCGUCCGCACGCCUACGGCCGGUGUUUCAUUGGUGUCUCCGACAGUCCCUCACCGGUCACUCCCAUUUCGGGGCCGUUUUGGUGUCCCCGCUCCUCCAAAUGGAACUCUUGUUUGUUUUCUUUGAUACUUCCGCCAGUUCCUGCGCAUGUCGGAUGACGCCGAUGACGCCGCGUGGGACUGCCUUCUUGCGGUCCGGGAAGGCCAGCUUUUCUUACCUGUCACUCGUCUGCUCCGAUCCUGACUCUGGCUAUUUCGGACUUUUUUUUGUUGGGGUACCACGUGGUAUCUCCUCACCAAUUCCUGCUUGCCCCGUCAUGCACCCCCCAUCUGCGCCCAACUCCACCGUGAUCCCGCGCCAGCAUUGUGAAUCCGCUUGGAAGUCUGCGUUGGAACAUGCUGAUGUGGUGGAUGAGCUGUUGGAAGCUGAGCUCCGGGAAGGUUGGGUUAAGCUAUUGCCGGGUGGUGACGACGAGCUCCGCCGCAGCUAUACUCACUCCGCUCUCGGCAAACUUGGCGUCGUACCAGCGGAAGGUCGACCGCCCCGGAUUGUUGUCGACAGUUCUGUGUCCGGUGUUUCUAGCAACACCUGUCUGCCCAACCGCUCCGCGAACCCCACCUUGUCCGACGUCUUCCUCAGCGUGCCUCUGUCUAAUGCCACGGAACGUCUCGUGGCUCUGAUUCUCGACCUUGCCAAAGCCCAUCGGCGUAUCCUCAUUCGUCCCGCGGACAGGGGCCUCCUCUACUUCCGUCACCGCCAGAAACUGUAUCAGUGCCUGACGCUCAAUUUCGGCGCCUGUGUCUCCUCUUUCUACUGGGCCAGGGCUGCUGGACUCUUGGUCCGCCUCAUUCACCGUCUUGUUCGCGUCUGCCACUCUGCUCAAAUUUAUGUGACGACCCCUUAUGGGCCUCCCUUGUCGUGA